AUGCCUUAUCGGUUAGACACGCACGUCUUGACGGUGGACGCCAACGUAAUCCACAAGGUCGACACUGCGAAUCCCGCUAAUCUUUAUAGCAUGUGGACAGUCUUUUCCCGUUGUGCAGACUCUGUAGAGCAGGGCAGAAGACUGGAGAACUUGAGCUGGCGUCUCUGGCAGAGAGAGCAGCUCGUUGAGAGCGCGAAUAAGAAAAACACCACCACAUCUACGACUACCACGACUCCUCCCAAGAACGUCCCCUCAGAUAUGAGAUUACCAGAGGUCCCCCAACUGUCUGGCAGCGUCGAGUCUUUGGCUGACGACGAGACGGUCGAUUUCACCUCUGUAUCAGCACCGCUUGAGAUCCGACCUAGGAUACGAAGACUAGAUUCCUCCACCACCAGACGUGAUCGACGCAUUAGCUCUGAUGACUUUGAGAAGAUGAUCGUGUCCAUUGUCAAGGACAAGGCUCCCCUGUCCGCCCCCUCACAUACGUCUUCCUUGAUGGCGUCCACGAAGCAGAAGCUUCUACUUCCCGUUCCUCCCUCCCUCGCCCGGUCUGCAUCUGCCACAACCGAGUCACAAUCUUCAGUACAGAUUUCCGAGGAGCUACGUCCCUCCCCUUUGCCGCCUCCCGAGGUCCCCAGAGUCCGAGCACUUGCUUUCCCAGAACCAGAUGCUGCUGCUUCGUCGCAACAUCCUCUGCCCGAACCAAACUCCUCACCGGCACCCAAGCACGUGCAGCUUAAGAAGCAGCCUGCUCGGUUCGCGCUUGGUGGAUCUUGUUCUUCAAGCGAACACAGCCAGAGCAUUGACAACACCAAGGCUACUUCCGUUGUCACGGGUAAGAAGCCCGUGCUCCAAAUUGGCGGCUCAUCGGGGGAGCCAUCCGUCAAGCGCUCUGGUCACUCUGCACUUCCAAACAACCGCAUGAGCGACUCGACGGCCCAGGCUUUGCAGCAGAGCGAGUCUGCCGUCGACUCUGACACCGAGGCCGAAUACGUCGACGAGAGCGCCAUUGACGACGAUGACUCAUCUGACUGGGAAGACUCAACGGAAGACAGCGGCAAAUCUAGCGUUGACGACAAGUUCUUCCAGCGCGUCGAGUCCAAGGCCAACCUCGCCUCCCGCCCGUCGCUAAUCACGCUCAUGCUUGCACAGAACGAGCGAGCCAGGACACUGGGCAAUCAAGCUUCGCAAUCCACACCUGCCAUCCACCGAACCCGAGCGGGGCCUAACGGGCCCAGUCUGGGUGUUUCCCCCAACGACUCUGACGAAGCGCCUCUGAUGAUGAAGGGCAUGCGACACUCUGCACUCAAGCCCAUCAGCGAGAUUCCCCGAUCCGCCGCGCAACCAAUCACGACCCACACUACUCAUGUCAACUUCCCUGCGGCCUUUUCUCCCCGAACCACGCGCCGCAACAUGCUGGCUACCGAACUCACCGAGUCCCUCCGACUGAACCUUGUCUGGGAGCGGCAGCAGAAGAAGUUGACUAGCAAGGCGAUGCUCAAGCGGCGCCACACUUCGCAGGACGUCGCCAACCUAAACCAGUAUCCCCAGAAGGCAUGUAUCAAAGCCAGCGAGGACGCGGAAGCCCAUAGCUGGAACCAAUACUUUUCUAAGGAAGCUCUCAACGGAUACCAUUCAAAAGGCUGGUAA